AUGAUUAAGCUCCUUCUGCGCCAAUGUUUCUCAACUUCUACUAUAUUGGGUUUCAAUAAAGUUUAUUUCCGGCAAUUUUUUCAUCUGGGCUGUGUUUGUUUCUCACCACGUUCUGGUUUCUCUUCACAAGGCACUGGAAACCAUUCCAGUAUAGGCUAUUACCCCAACUUAGUUGUCACUAUUUGUGACAUUUUAUCGAAUACGUCAUUGCCAUGGAAGAAAAGCUCUCAGCUUAGGGCUUUGAGCCCCAAAAUCAAACCCCAUCAUGUGGCUAAGAUUAUUGGCACAUAUAAGGUAAGUACUGAAUCUGUUUUGCAAUUCUUUUAUUGGGUCUCUAAGAGGGCUUCUUACAACCAUGAUUUUAACUGUUACGUGGCAAUGCUGGAUAGGCUCGUUUCAGAUGAGAAUUUUGCCCCUGCUGAUCAUGUUAGGAUUUUAAUGAUUAAGUCUUGUAGGAAUGAGGGAGAGAUGGAAUGGGUUCUCGAGUUCUUGAAUCGUAUUAGCAAGAAUGCUUUUGGGUAUACUUUGUAUAGUUUUAAUUCUUUGCUGAUUCAGUUGGGUAAGUUUGACAUGGUUGAGGAAGCCCAGAAUGUAUAUAAAGAAAUAUUGAGUGGUGGGAUUGAACCAAGUUUAUUGACUUUUAACAGUAUGAUCAAUAUAUUUUGUAAGAAGGGGAAGGUUCAAGAGGCUGAGUUAGUUUUGAGUAGGUUGUAUACUUGUGAAAUGAGGGCUGAUGUGUUCACUUACACAUCUUUGAUUCUUGGGCAUUGUCGGAAUUCAGAGUUGGAUAGGGCCUUUGAGGUUUUUGAUAGAAUGGUGAAGGAUGGCGUUGAACCAAAUGCUGUUACUUAUACAACUUUGAUUAAUGAGCUCUGCAAUGCGGGGGCGGUGGAUGAGGCUAUGCCAUUGCUCAAGGAAAUGAUUGACAAAGGUAUUAAACCGACUGUUCAUACAUACACGGUUCCAAUUUCAGCUUUUUGUGAUGAUGGGCAUGCUAAGGAGGCUAUUGAUCUUUUUGUUUCCAUGAAGGCAAGGGGCUGUAAGCCUAAUACACAAACUUAUACUGCCCUCAUUAGUGGUUUGGCUGGAAAUAGGCGACUUGAGUUGGCUAUUGGAUUGUACCACAAGAUGUUAAGAGAAGGUCUGGAGCCAUCUGUUGUUACUUAUAAUGUAUUGAUAAAUGCAUUAUGUGAAGCUGAGAAACUGCAAAAUGCUUUGACAAUAUUUAGCUGGAUGGUGGCACAUGAUUAUUCACGUAAUACAAGGACAUCUAAUGCAAUUAUAAAAGGAUUCUGUAUGUUUGGAGCCAUGGAAAGGGCAAUGGUCCUAUUUCAGGAGAUGUUAAAUGUGGGACCACCGCCAUCAAGGGUUACAUAUAACAUGCUAAUUAAUGGAUAUCUCCAACAGAAUUCUGUGACUAAUGCCAUGAGAUUAUUUGAUAUGAUGAAGGAAAAUGGUUGUGACCCAGAUGAAUGGACCUAUGCCAUUCUUAUUUCGGGGUUGUGCAAUGUGGGAAAACUUGAGUUAGCUUCAAAUGCGUUUGAGGAUAUGAUGAAGGAAGGAUUGAGUCCAAAUCAAGUUAACUAUACUGCUUUAAUUGAUGGUCUUUGUAAGGGUGGGAAAACAGAUGCUGCUUUGGCAUUGCUUAAACAAAUGCAGGAUAAGGGCUGUCAUGCAGGUAUUGAAACUUACAAUGCGCUUAUUAAUGGCUUCUGUAAGGGGGAUAUGUUUUCUGAAGCAAAUAAAAUCCACGAUCAGCUGUUGAAAAGUGGGCUAUUACCCAAUGUCAUUACGUACUCAACUUUAAUUGAUGGGCUUUGCAAGAAUAAAAUGACAAACCUUGCCUUUCAGAUCUUCAAUAAAAUGGAAAAAACAAAUUGCUCACCAAAUUUGUACACUUAUGGUUCCCUCAUCCAAGGCUUAUGCUUGGAGUGCAAGGCAGAUGAGGCUGAGGCUUUGCUUGAAGAAGUGGCUAGAAAAGGAUUGGCUCCUGAUGUAGUUAUAUAUACUUCAAUAAUUGAUGGAUUUGUGAUGAUAGAUAGGCCACAUGAUGCAUUUCGUCUUCUUUGCCGAAUGAUUGAUGCUGGCUGCCAACCUAAUUAUUGUACAUUCAGCGUGCUGGUCAAAGGUUUACGAAGAGAGUGUCAGGUCCUUGAAGAAAAGGUUGCGACCCAACGUGAAACAAUUUACACUUGCAAUUCAGCUCAGAAGGAUAUGACUGUUGAUAUUUUCUCUAGUCUCUUGGAUAGGAUGGUAGAGUAUGGAUGCGAACCUAGUCUUGAUACAUACACUACUUUAAUUAUUGGAUUGUCAAGAGAAGGCAAAAGUUAUGAGGCAGAUCAGGUUGUUGAAUAUAUGAGAGAUAAAGGCUUUACUACCAGCAAUACAAUACUUUGCUCCCUCUUGACUUCUUAUUGCAAAAAUGCAAGAGUUAACUCUGCUAUGGAGGUAUUCCACUCACUGAUCACCAGUGGUUUUAAUCCCCCUCUAUCAAUAUAUAGAGUACUAGUCUGCACUUUAUGCUGCACAAACCGGACUGAAGAAGCUGAAGCUUUAUUUAAAAGUAUGCUUGACAGCAAAUGGAGCGGUGAUGAGAUUGUCUGGUCUAUAUUGAUUGAUGGCUUAUUAAAGGAAGGCCAUCCGGAUGUUUGCUUGAACCUAUUCCGUUCAAUGAAAUUGAAGAAUUUACCUGUCAGCAAGCAUGCAAAACUAAAUUUAGCGAGAGAGUUGUCUAAAUUGGGUUUUUCAGUCGAUUGA